AUGGGCAGCGAUAUUUUUCAGAACUUUCAAUGGCUGCUUGAUCUUCUGUUAAACAAAGGAAGCUCCUGUCCACGUAUAAUAGUUUUCUUUCGGCAGAUCAGACAUCUUGCUGAAGUGUUUGAGUUCCUUCAAAUCCAUUUGCAGGAAAAACAAUAUGCCAUGAAAGACAAUCAGGAGUCUAGUAUUCUAAAGGCUAUCCGUCUAUCAAUAACCAAACCUCAGUCUGAUGGUGAUUCCAAACCUCAGUCUGAUGGUGAUUCCAAACCUCAGUCUGAUGAAGAUUCCAAACCUCAGACUGAUGAAGAUUCCAAACCUCAGUCUGAUGAAGAUUCCAAACCCCAGUCUGAUGGUGAUUCCAAACCCCAGUCUGAUGGUGAUUCCAAACCCCAGUCUGAUGGUGAUUCCAAACCCCAGUCUGAUGGUGAUUCCAAACCUCAGUCUGAUGGUGAUUCCAAACCUCAGUCUGAUGAAGAUUCCAAACCUCAGUCUGAUGAAGAUUCCAAACCUCAGUCUGAUGAAGAUUCCAAACCUCAGUCUGAUGAAGAUUCAAAUGAUAAUGAUGAGGAGUUAGAGGAACUGUACAAGAGAAAGCCCCAAAUAGUUUCUAACUCUGAAGAUUCUGUUUAA